CUGUCGGGGGACAGGCACAGUCACAUGCACGGUUCGGGCCAGGGUGCCUGCCUGUGUGGACUCAGGCAGCUGGCUCCGUGCGUGCCGCGUUCUGUGGCUUCGCUUUCUUUGAAGCCGGCGCCCAGCCUCAGAGCCCCGCAGUUGCACGAACGGCAAGGAAGAGGAAGCCUUCUCCAGAGCCAGAAGGUGAAGUCGGGCCCCCUAAGAUCAAUGGAGAGGCCCAGCCAUGGCUGUCCACGUCCACAGAAGGGCUCAAGAUCCCCAUGACUCCCACAUCCUCUUUUGUGUCUCCACCACCACCCACUGCCUCACCUCAUUCCAACCGGACCACACCGCCCGAAGCGGCCCAGAAUGGCCAGUCCCCCAUGGCAGCCCUGAUCUUAGUAGCAGACAACGCCGGGGGUAGCCAUGCCUCGAAAGAUGCCAACCAGGUUCACUCCACUACCAGGAGGAAUAGCAGCAGUCCGCCCUCUCCGUCCUCUAUGAACCAAAGAAGGCUGGGUCCCAGAGAGGUGGGGGGCCAGGGGGCGGCCAGUACAGGCGGACUGGAGCCAGUGCACCCCGCCAGCCUCCCGGACUCCUCUCUGGCAGCCACCGCCCCCCUGUGCUGCACCCUCUGCCACGAGCGGCUGGAGGACACCCACUUCGUGCAGUGCCCGUCCGUCCCUUCGCACAAGUUCUGCUUCCCUUGCUCCAGACAAAGCAUCAAACAGCAGGGAGCUAGUGGAGAGGUCUAUUGUCCCAGUGGGGAGAAAUGCCCUCUUGUGGGCUCCAAUGUCCCCUGGGCCUUUAUGCAGGGGGAGAUUGCAACCAUUCUCGCUGGAGAUGUGAAAGUGAAAAAAGAGAGAGACUCGUGACUUUCCGGUUUCAGAAAAACCCAAUGAUUACCCUUAAUUAAAACUGCUUGAAUUGUAUAUAUAUCUCCAUAUAUAUAUAUAUAUCCAAGACAAGGGAAAUGUAGACUUCAUAAACAUGGCUGUAUAAUUUUGAUUUUUUUUGAAUACGUUGUGUUUCUAUAUUUUUUUUGACGACAAAAGGUAUGUACUUAUAAAGGCAUUUUUUUCUUUUGUUAACGUUAUUAGCAUAUCUUUGUGCUUUAUUAUCCUGGUGACAGUUACCGUUCUAUGUAGGCUGUGACUCGCGCUGCUUUUUUUAGAGCACUUGGCAAAUCAGAAAUGCUUCUAGCUGUAUUUGUAUGCACUUAUUUUAAAAAGAAAAAAAAGCCAAAUACAUUUUCUGACAUUGUAAGAUUGCCUUACUGUCUGUUAUUCCUUACUGCUGGCCCCUUUCUCAGGCUGGAGGCCUCUUGGUGGAGAAGGAAAGGAAAGGAGCGAAAGGGGCACUGCUGUCAAGCGGGCAUGCCACUGGGAGAUAUGACCAGGUUUACCCCGAAACAUUGUCCUUUCGGAAGAAUAGGCAAAUAGAUUUUGACUCUCUAUUUUGUUCUUAAAGUUUGGUUCUUGGGAUAUGAUGACUGUCUGAAAGGUGCUGCUGGGAGAUUUUCAGGAUUGCGUGGUCUUUUGGGGGGUAUUUUUUUUUUUUUACAACAAAGUUGACCACUGUUCACUGUCCACGUGAUCAGUUGUAAGAUUACAACGCUGCAUGCUAGUUGGUUACAUAAGACACAAUUCCAGUGAUGGAAGGCGGUUUCUAAUGUGGUGGUGUGUACAAGAUGGCACUGCCAUCUUUGAGCAGGGCCUGGCUCUGCAGCGCCACUUCUUGUUCAACACCCUAGAGCUCUGUUCGUUGUUGCUGUUGUCCUUUCCUUUGGAAGGAGUCGCCAGAGAAGUUACAGUUCAGGUGAACUUGGAGAUUGUGGGAUUGGUUUUGUUUCUGUUUUGUGUUUUGUUUUUUUAUCAUUUACCUGUCGUGCUAUUGCUGUUGAUACUAUCACCUACACCCUGUUUCUAGUGAGUGCUAAAUACAGUAUGGUACAAAUGACAGUAACAGCCGCGUGGUGCAGCCAGGACUGCCCGUGGGCAUAUCAGUGACAGCCCGAGUGUGGGUGGAGGAAACCUGUAAUUUCCUUCUUACGUGUGUUUGAAAUACCAAGUGAAUAAUACUGUUCUUCUGGAAAGAAAAUGAUAAAACUAGUGAAAAUUAAAGAAAUUGAGGGUUUUAUAUAAUAGGCCCCACCUCUCAAACUAUUUUUAGAAGCCUUUUGUAAACUAAUUUCUUUCGAUCACUAUUUUGCAUCAGUAAAAUGAUUUUUUUAAACCAAUAAAUCAUCGGUUAUUAGAAAUAGUUGUCUCACAGUGAUACUGGUUUUUCUUUUGUACUGUUAUGAUUUAACAUUGACAGGAACACUAUUUAAAUCCUUAUGUUCAGGUGUCUGUAACUUGGCCUUAUAAUUAGGCUGAAUCAUGGCUUCAAGGUCUACUACGAUUUCUGUGUAUGGUUCACAGCCUACCUUCUAUUUUAAUUUGAAAAUACAGUUUUACCAACUUUGGAUUCUUUUUUGGUUAUGUGUUUGUCUUUUUUAAAUUGCUCAAAAUAUUUUUUAAUGGUCAAGUUACUAACACUUGAAAGUCAGAUACUGCACCAAAUACAGUAUUUUUUCUGUAGUGUUUUUAAUGAGUGCACCUAUUAUUAAUGCUGUGCGAAUUCAUAUUACCAGUCAUUGUUAUAGUACAGACAGACUUGCAUGAUUAACCGGUUUGUUGUUACACUUUUUUUUUUUUUUUUUUAAUUGGAGUAUAUAUGACUCAGAUCAGACUGGUCUCUCUUACGUGAAUGCACACAUGCAGAAACGCAGAGUCAAUUUUACAUGCCCGUAAAGACAUUUGUAAAGAAUUAAGCUAUUAUGGUCUGUUGUAUAAAUGUGUAUCUAGGCACUUUAUUAUAACUGGAAUUUGACCUCAUAGAUGUUACAACUUGAUCCGUCAUUUGACCUAAUUUGUGGUAGCUAUCUGUAUGUUUUGCAAUCUUAAUACAGAUAAGCUUUCCAAAAAGAUUAAUACAGAACCGUCCUGCUGUUUUGGAUAAGUCUAUCCAGCUGUGGAAAAGGCAACCUAUGGUUUCUCUGUGCUGGUGAUUAAGGGGGAGAAUAUGAACUGUUUUAAAGGGCUGCGUAUUCCGGUUACUUCUGUUAAAAAAUAAGAUCUGCACUGGUCUGACUGGCCCUUGGGUGGCCUUCGUGGAAGGCUUGUAGCUGGAAAGCGUUGAUUUGGAUUAUUUUUCUGGCAUUCUUUUAAGUUAAAAAGUGAUCACUGGGACAUGGGCUUGAUCUUUUGUUGCACCUGAAGACAGUGCAGAGAUUCUCCACAGCUGGAUAAAAAUGGCAGAAAGCUACUUACUGUACAUGGGCAGUAUCAGAUUUCAAAUCCUAGUAUUUCAGCUGUGCUUUUAAUACUCAAAAUAUUAGGGGUUGGGGUGUUGAAGCUUUCCCUCUUUUGCUUUAACAGUUUAUAGAAUUUAACAGAUGUACUGUCUUUCAUGUGGCCUCACAUUUAAAGUUAUGAGAACGUACACAUGGUUUACAACUUUUACUAUAUACCUUUCCUUGGCCACCAAGUAUUUUAAAAGUGUGCCACCUUUUAACCUUUACUUUUUUUUUUAAGUUGAAGGUGAUACUUUUUCUAUAUAUGAUGAAACUCAUGUCAACUGAAGUGAGUGUAAUUUCAGAUAUCAACAUUAUAUUUUAAAAUCACGCUAUGGAAAUAUCACCUGCAUUCUGUCAUUUGUCAGAUUUACAGUACCUUUCUUUUUUUCUUUAACUUUUAGCAUUAAAUAAAAUAAAAUUGGGAGCACUGAA